AUGGCCUGCCAACCCCUAUUCGUGAGAUCCACCAUUGUUUGUAGACUAAAUGUGCAGACUAGGCAAAUGGGUCGGGGCUUUACUCUGCUCUCGCUGCUCCGGCAAUCCUCGGCGGACCACUGUCGCCGAAUAAGCCACGCUGCGACAUUCGAAGAACUUCUGGGAUGCAGUCAAGCGUUGCUGUAG